CCACUGAAGCCAAGGCACGUGAAACUGCUGUCCACUAAAAUGGGCCUGAAAGUCACGUGGGAACCACCCAAAGACGCUACCAGUAGACCCGUGGAGCAUUACAACAUUGCCUAUGGGAAGUCACUGAAAAGUCUUAAGUACAUCAAGGUGACUGCGGAGACACACUCCUUCCUUAUUGAGGAUGUGGAGCCGGGGGUAGUGCACUUUGUGCUGGUUACGGCAGAAAACCACAGUGGAGUGAGCCGUCCGGUUUACAGAGCUGAAAGCCCACCUGGAGGUGAAUGGAUCAAGAUUGAUGGUUUUCCCAUUAAGGGUCCAGGACCAUUUAAUGAGACCGGCACAGAAAAGGAAGUGCCCAACAAGCCCUUGCGUGUGCGUGUCCGGUCCUCAGACGACAGGCUGUCCGUUGCAUGGAAGGCACCACGCCUGUCUGGAGCCAAGAGUCCACGAAGAUCACGGGGUUUUCUUCUGGGCUACGGGGAAAGUGGCCGGAAGAUGAAUUAUGUCCCACUGACAAGAGACGAGCGGACACAUGAAAUUAAAAAGCUAGCCUCGGAGUCGGUGUAUGUGAUCUCUCUGCAGUCCAUCAACUCCCAGGGGCAGAGUCGGCCGGUCUACAGGGCUGCUCUCACAAAACGCAAGAUUCCAGAAGAGGAUGAACUGGAUGUACCAAAAGACAUCAGUGUCCGGGUGAUGUCGUCCCAAUCUGUGCUUGUAGCUUGGGUAGAUCCAGUUUUGGAAAAACAGAAGAAAGUUGUUGCAUCAAGACAGUACACCGUGCGCUACCGAGAAAAAGGGGAAUCAGCCAGAUGGGAUUACAAACAAAUCGCUAACAGGCGUGUGCUGGUUGAAAACCUGAUUCCAGACACUGUGUAUGAAUUUGCAGUCCGUAUUUCACAAGGUGAAAGAGAUGGCAAGUGGAGCACAUCAGUCUUCCAAAGAACACCAGAAUCUGCUCCCACCACAGCUCCUGAAAACUUGAAUGUCUGGCCAGUCAGUGGCAAACCUACAGUUGUUACUGUGUCCUGGGACCCACUGCCAGAGACGGAGGGGAAAGUGAAAGAAUACAUUCUUUCAUACGCCCCGGCUCUCAAACCAUUUGGAGCAAAGUCCCUCACCUACUCUGGACACACUGCUUCUGCCCUGGUGGAUGGUCUGCAGCCUGGGGAACGCUAUGUGUUCAAAAUCCGGGCGGCAAACAGGAGAGGCCCAGGGCCGCACUCCAAAGCCUUCAUUGUCACUAUACCAAGCAGUGCCAGUGAGGCCAGUGUCCAGCAGAAUAUUCGGGAGAACAGGAAAGCGGAGAAGCCCGAGCCUUCCACAGAACGUACGCCUUUGCCUGCUUCUCCCUCAGGCAAAGACGUCAAGGACACUGUCCUUGAUUUGAAGAACAAAAUACUGGCCAAUGGUGGGAAACUCCAGCUUCGCCCUAAGAAGACGGAGGGGUUGAAUCUUCAGUCCACAGAGGUCACUGAUGAGGAGCUGGAUUCCCUUGAGAACCCAGACAUGUCCCCUGUGGAGACCCAAGACCAGAGGCGAACCCUGAGGCCACCAAGUAGAUCUAGCCACUGGUCUCCCACUCUUGGCAGAGCUCCAGUAAGGGCCCGACUACCAGUGCUGCCCCGAAAGGAAAGCAUAGAUAAGCGUGGCCCCUCAGUAGUUGUUCACCCUCAGCCAGAGGCUGCCCCUUCCCUGGAGGCCUCUUCUGGCCGCCACCAGGCCACCCAGGACCCCUCUCCUCGCCCUGCAAAGGGACCUUCUGCCAGCUCUACUGACAAUGACUCGCUGGAGCAGGACAAAGAUGAGCAAACUGCAGGCUUCCUCCACUCCAAAGCUACCUCCUCCCAACAGCUGCCUCCCAAGAACCCGGCCCAGUCCCGCCCUGCCCUGUCCCCCAGCCGCCAGGCGGCCUCCAGCAUCCUGCGGGACAGAAGCCCUACGCAUCAUGGUGCAAAACCACCUGCGCAGAGGACAUCAGCUUCUGGGGUGGCAGAGGAAGAUUCUAGCCCUCCAGCCACACCCUCGAGACUUCUUCCACCACAUCGAGGGUCCUCUCGGCUACCACCCACCCAACCACACGCAGGUCCCCCACUUUCCAGGGGCUGGAAGGACAGUCACAAUGCCCCCACCGCCAACUCUCAUGCGCCCUCUCCAUCUACUAUGUCUUCCAGGGCAGAGGUUCCUGAGGGCAGGGACGCUUCUGAUGGCGAGGGCGAUAGUGACGGGGAUGCAGAAGACAGCGGGAGACAGGCUGAGACCAUGGACCUGACCCUGAGGGCCGGGCCUGCCUCUGGACACUUCAUUUUGCUCCGGAAUAAGCUCUUAGCUGCCAAUGGCAGGACUCCGGCCAGAUUCGGUGGUGGCCGGAGUCUAAGGCUGCAGCCCUCCAGCUCCCUGCAGCCCAUCAGGGUCCAUUCCCAGUCAGCUUCCGACCAGAAGCUGGCCUCAGGUAUCCAUGGAGAAGGGGAGGAGGAGCAGCCCCUGCCUGCCACCGUGAUCCAUGACCACAUGCCUUCCACCUCCAGGCAGCCCACCUCUCGGGGCUGGGAUCCCCUAAGGAGAGGUCCCCAGAGAGGAGCGAACCUGUACAGGAAGGAGUCCAUCCCAGAGAACCCCAAAUCUCCUGCGGCAGACACUCAUCCUCAGGGCAAAUUCUCUUCUCUGUCCCCCAAGGUUCAGGACAUUCAACAGAGCACGGAGGUGGUUGUUGAUGUGGAAGGUCAUUCUCCCCAAACGCAGCCAGUGUCCACUGGCCACCAGCUAUCUCCUGCUCGUCCUCCACCAGCAAAGUCACAGCCCUACCCUGGGUCUAAUAUUCCCAGAAGGAUGGUCCCUGGCCGGGCCCCAGAAAAGCUGUCCCCUCCACCUGUCCCCACAUCCCAGCACGAGGUCUCCCAGAGCAAGGACGCGGACAGGUCACUUUCCCAGCCUAAGCUGUCGCUGGCUCACGCUGGACGUCCCAGCCCCACGUCGCAGGGCCGCGCCCACUCCUUUUCAGACCCGUACAGGGCGAGCUCGCGUGGAGUGAUCCGCACUGCCCCCGGGAGCCAAGACAAGGAUUCCCAGAGCAGUUAUGAUGACAACAGCACAGAAGUUGAGGCCCCUGGUGGUCAGGGGCCCGCGGAUGCCACCCGUGACAAGGAUGCCAUCCCGUCCCUUUUCAAGCACCGUCAGGUGGCAUCCCGCGCAGGGAAUGGUGAUGACAGUCUCCAGCGUGGCUAUGAAGGCUCCUCCCCAAGACCCAGCCAACCUGGCAGUCCCCACCCUCGGGCCCGGGUCCCUGGCAGAGCCGGAGCCCAGGCCACACCAGGGAAGAAGGCCUCGCCUUUUAAGCGUCCACUGCCGUCCAAAUCUCAGCAGUCAGUCUCCGCCGAGGACGAGGACGAGGACGAGGGAUUUUUAAAAGGAGGAAAGGAGGACCCUCUGUCUUCCUCUGUUCCAAAGUGGCCUUCUUCCUCCACCCCCAGGGACAGCAAAUAUGGUGAUGGGGGCCUUGCCAAGGACAAGACUGCCAUUGUCCUGGCUCCCAGGGGAAGGAACUCCGAGCGCGAAGAGAGCAUCACUCCUGGAAAGCGACCUCCUCCCCCAUCUCCAGGCAGCCCCCCAAGAGCCUCACAUCUCCCUACCCGACACCCCCCUCGCAGUCCUGCCACCGCAAGCGCCAUCGUGAGCACCGGGUUCUGGCCGACCACCCGCGCCCCUCCCAGCUUCUCCUCCACCACGCCUAUGCUGUCCUUGCGCCAGCGCAUGCAACGCAGGUUCCGGACGCCUGUCUCCCGCCAGCCCGCCAGACUCCCUCACAUACAAGGUUAUAAUGGCAGACCAAAUGUGGAAGGGAAUGUCUCUCCUGGUAGUGAUGGGAAACCCAGUGGACAAAGGAUUAUCAAUGGCCCUCAAGGAAUCAAGUGGGUGGUGGACCUUGACCGCGGGUUAGUGUUGAAUGCAGAAGGGAGGUACCUCCAAGAUUCACAUGGAAACCCUCUUCGGGUGAAACUAGGGGGAGAUGGUCGCACCAUUGUGGAUCUGGGAGGCACCCCUGUCGUGAGUCCUGACGGCCUCCCCCUCUUUGGGCAGGGGCGACAUGGCAAACCCUUGGCCAGUGCCCAGGAUAAACCCAUCUUGAGUCUUGGAGGGAAGCCCCUGGUGGGCUUGGAGGUCAUCAAAACGACCACCCCUCCACCCACCACAACCAUGAGGCCUACCCAGACUACCACCAUGACCACGACCACUGUGGCUACCACUACAACCCCGAGACCCACAACAGCUGCCACCCGCCGCACGACCACUACACGCCGCACGACCACCACACGCCGCACCACCACUACCACUCGCCCAGCCACCACAAUCCGAACCACCACUCGGAAAACCACUACCACCACCACCCCUGAACCCACCACCCCCACCCCCACCUGUCCCCCUGGGACCCUGGGACAGCAUGAUGACCGUGGCAAUCUGAUAAUGGGCUCCAAUGGAAUCCCAGAGUGCUACCCAGAGGAAG